CCGUUCCCCACGCGUGUCCCUCCGCGGCUCCCGCGGGGACCCCGGGACCCCAUGUCCCUUUGCGUCCUGGCGCCUAGGCCGGACCGAGGUGGCCCGGGAAACGGGCCCUCCCCCCGCCCCCGGUUGCUGGGGGAUCCGCACCUGAGCGUGCCUCAGCGGAGCAGAAAGCGCCACAGUCAAAGUGAAACUCGGGGCCAUUUUUAAACUCGUUUUGAGGAACCUCUUUCCGCGGAUGCCGGUGGCAGAUGGCAGGCCUUCUACGCAGGAAGAAACGCCAGCUCAGGGCACGCGGGCUCGACAGGGCAGCUGAAGAUCUAGACGCGCUCCGAAGGCCGUGCGCUGGCCUCCCCGGCACGUGAACCCUGCGCGUCCUGCUGGCGGGCGCCCCUGCCAUGGCGGGCGGGCGCCCCUGUGACCACGCGGCCCGCGCCCAGGCCAGCCGCGCUCGGGGAGACGCAGGUCGCUGGGAGCAGCGGGGACGCCGCUGGGCUUUCCGUCCCAGGGUCAGACUGGGAGCCAACAGUCACAGCCGCCUGCGGAACAGCAAGCAGGAACCCGCUGUCAGACCCCAAGCGCCCCAAGGGAGGAGGACAGACCUCAGCAGCCCCCGCCCGAGUCCCAGACUCUCCUCCCGCGGGCCGUUCACCGGGCUCCCGGGAAAAGACCUGCUCACGUUGACCUGACAUGCUCUCCGCUCAAGAGCCGGGGCCCCCGGUUUCUGCGUGAAGGCAGCCAGAACCAACGGGGGUUGGGAAAACAGCACACAACUGGUCAAACGGGGCAAAGAACCAGAAUACGGGCUCUGGGAUCUGCGCUGCGGGGAACAGACACCUGUACCCAUGGCUGUGACGGCCUGAGGCCAUCACUAUAAUGGUAGUGGGGCUCCCGGUCCAUAAGAAGGCCAACACAGCAGGUGAUGCCCUGAGGCCAUCAGUGGAAUGGUAGUGAGGCUCCUGGUCUGUAAGAAGGCCAAGAUACCAGGCAACAGCAUGAGGGCAUCAGUAUGAUGGUAGUGAGGCUGACAGUUCACCAGGACAGCAAGACAUCAGGUGACGGCCUGAGGCCAUCGGUAUAACGGUAGUGAGGCCCAGGUUCACCAGAAUAGCAAGACAUCAGAUGACAGCCUGAGGCCAUCAGUAUAAUGGUAGUGAGGCUCCUGGUCCAUAAGAAGGCCAAGACACCAGGUGACAACGUGAGGGCAUCACUAUAAUGGUAGUGAAGCUGACAGUUCAGAGGAACAGCAAGACCUCAGGCAACAGCCUGAGGCCAUCACUAUAAUAGUAAUGGGGCUCCCAGUCCAUAAGAAGGCCAACACAGCAGGUGAUGCCCUGAGACCAUCAGUGUAAUGGUAGUGAGGCUCCUGGUCCAUAAGAAGGCCAAGAUACCAUGCGACGGUGUGAGAGCAUCAGUAUAAUGGUAGUGAGGCUGACAGUUCACCAGGACAGCAAGACAUCAGGCAACGGCCUGCGGCCAUCGGUAUAACGGUAGUGAGGCUCAGGUUCACCAGAACAGCAAGACAUCAGAUGACAGCCUGAGGCCAUCAGUAUAAUGAGGCUCGCAGUUCACAACAAGAAUGCCAAGACAUCAGGAGACACUACAGCCCCACUGUUAACCGCCCUGGGCCCGUGCAAACCCCAGCUCUACGCUUGCCCCUCCUGGAACCUCUGAGUCCCGUCUGUAAAAUGUGAACGUGACACCAGCCUCACCACUUCCCGGCCUUGCAGCAGGGACCAGGGAAUGGCCUAGGGACUCUGUGAUGUGCGGUGCCCACAGUGAGGGCGGGUCACGGUGACUCCGGGAUCACAGGACCUCACUGCAAUCACAGUGGGAGCGGUGCCUGUCGCAACGGCCUGAGGCCAUCAGUAUAAUGUCUGGCUUAGCUCGGGCUGCUAGCACCGAAUCCCAGAGAUGGGGUGGCUUCAGCAACAGAUAUCCAUUUCUCACGGUUCCGGAGGCUGGACGCCCGAGAUCCAGGCACCAGCCUAGACGGGUUCUGGGGAGGCCUCUGCCCUCGCCUUGCACACGGCCCCACACCUCUGAGGAAACUUGGGGGUUCCAGGACGCAUCUUCAGGAUGCUUUACGGGAAGAUUCCGUGUGACGUUGAGCAUCCAUCUCUCCGUGGGGGCGGAAGAGGUCAGGAUCGGAAGUCAGCGGAAGAAACACACGCUCACAACUGGAGUUCCGUGAGCGGGGGAAGCCCCGCCCGCGCCCGCCAGAAUGGACAUGAACGUGACCAGCCCGGACAACGCCACGAUCCUCAUGCUGCGGGACCCGACCAUCGCCGUGGUCCUGCCCGUGGUCUACUCGCUGGUGGCGCUGGUCAGCAUCCCCGGAAACCUGUUCUCGCUCUGGGUGCUGUGCUGCCACAUCGGGCCCACGUCCCCGUCCGUCAUCUUCAUGAUCAACCUGAGCGUCACGGACCUGAUGCUGGCCAGCGUGCUGCCCUUCCAGAUCUAUUAUCACUGCAACGGCAACCACUGGGUGUUCGGCGAGCUGCUGUGCAACGCCGUCACCGUGGCCUUCUACGCCAACAUGUACUCGUCCAUCCUGACCAUGACGUGCAUCAGCGUGGAGCGCUUCCUGGGCGUGGUGUACCCGCUGGCGUCCGUGCGCUGGCGCCGGCGCCGCUACGCCGUGGCCGCGUGCGCCGGGCUGUGGCUGCUGCUGCUGGCCGCCCUGUCCCCGCUGGCGCGCACCGACCUCACCUACACCGUCGAGGCGCUGGGCAUCGUCACCUGCUUCGACGUGCUCAAGUCCACCAUGCUGCCCAGCGUGGCCAUGUGGGCCAUGUUCCUCUUCACGCUGUUCAUCGUGCUGUUCCUCAUCCCCUUCCUGGUCACCGUGGCCUGCUACACGGCCACCAUUCUCACGCUGCUGCGCACCAGCGACCCGCACAGCCGGGGGCAGCGGCGCCGCGCCGUGGCGCUGGCCGCCGUGGUGCUGCUGGCCUUCGUCACCUGCUUCGCGCCCAACAACUUCGUGCUGCUGGUGCACGUGGUCAACCGCCUGUUCCUGGGCAGGACGUACUACCACGUGUACAAGCUGACCCUGUGCCUCAGCUGCCUCAACAACUGCCUGGACCCCUUCGUGUACUACUUCGCGUCCCGCGAGUUCCAGCUGCGCCUGCGGCUCUACUUGGGCUACGGGCGCCUCCCCGCCGGCUGCCGCCACGCGCGCUCGGACAGCGUGUUCUCCGCCCGGACGCUGUCGGCGCGCUCCAUGUCCAGCGGCCACGACGGGCUGGAGGAGGCAGGGAGGCCCUCGCUCAGGAGGCAGGAGAGCGUGUUCUGAGCCGGGCACCCCGCCCCCCCCCCCCCCCGGGGACGGCUGGUGGGACGGCUCGCACGGGCCUUCACGCAUGGGAACCGCUGCGCGUCCAUGGCCGUGGCGCGUGGAGAGAGU